AUAUGUAGGUACAUUUUUUUUCCGCUAAAUUUAAGUUCGACGGCUGUUGUCGGAAUCUAAACUCGCAUAUUUACGUUGUUUGCAUUAGUUUUCCACAUACUGCCGCCAAUUGUCAUCGACAAGCUGUUGGUUUUCUUAUUAACACUGCAGCUAAAAUAUCGAUUGACUAUGUAUCGAUAUAAAAUUAAACGAAAGUUAACUAACACUUGACCAUUGAAACAGUGCUAAUAGACGUCAGCAUUUGCGUUCCCGCCAAUAUAUGUUUACAUUCGCAGAAUAUACUUCAUUUGCGCGGCCAUCAUUGCGAACGUUAUAAGUUAUAACAAAUCGGAUACAUUUCAUAUUAAGUAUGGGGAAGUGCACUCUUUGUCGCUCGAGCACAGAUGACGAACUGUGCCUUGGCAAGUUUCAUAGCCGUGGCAAAAUUAAUGUGCACGAAAAUUGUCUGUAUUUGAGCUCCAAUCUGGUGCAACGGGGCAAUGGGAGCAAUGACAUUUUGAACUUUACUGUAAAGGAUAUUCAAGCCGAAUCGGAACGCACCAAAUUGUUGAUUUGUUGCUACUGCCAUAAGGCGGGCGCCAACAUUGGCUGCUGCAAGCCCGGUUGCCGCAAAACGUUCCACACGCAUUGUGGGCUAAAUAACGGCGCACAGAAUCAAUAUGUUGGCACGUACAAAUCGUUCUGCAAUAUACACAUUGAAUCCUACCGAGAACGUCCCAAAGCGCAGGAGAAAUGUGUGAUAUGCUUUGAGCGGCUGGUGAAGCCGGGGAAUGCGUUUUGCUGCACCAAAUACAUGCACGGCAAGUGCUGCAACAACGGCUGGUACCACAAGGACUGUCUGCAGCAUUAUGCCAACUCGGCUGGCUAUUUUUUCAAGUGCCCGUUGUGCAACGAUGCCGAAAGAUUCCGUUUAGUUGCAUACUGGGGCAUUACAGUGCCGGAUCGUGAUGCCUCUUGGGAGGAGAAUGAUGCGUUCGCCGAUCAGCUUCUAGUCCCGACCCAGUGCACCGCCCAAAAUUGCAUUAGUGCCGGUGGACGCGAAGGCAGCACACUAACAAUGUUCUACUGCGUGCUGUGCGGUUCGAAUCCGAUGCAUACGGAAUGCACGAAUUAUAAAGAUGAAACCUAUCGGUGCAAUGAUUGCAGUGUGGUUCAGUAUAAUCCGUCCGUGUAUGAAACUGAUGAAAACGAUGCCGAUGUCGACGACGACAAUGAAGAUGAAGAUGAUGAUGAUGAUUUGGAUCCACUUGAAAUGUUUUCUUCGAUGGGAACUCCAGCCGUAGGAGGUACAACGACUCGCCAAUUAAAUCAUGUUCUGCCGCAGAGCAGCAAUAUCAAGUAUACAAUAGAUGAUUCCGACUGUGAAUCAGAUUUUGACUGGAAUGAUUUCCCAUUCCGCUCAUCACGCUGCACAAAUGAGAAGGAGAAUGUGACCAGGGCAAAUGUAAUAAUACCAACCACAAUACGACCCAACACAAAUCUGACACUGCGCAACACUGCACCAUUGCGCACGCGUAACCGUCAAACAUUGCCCAGUAAUGACGGGCAACGUAACGGGGCUCAACAAACUCGUUUAAGUCUCUACGCUGAGUCCCGACAGAACAAAGACGCUGAGCCUUUGGGUCGCCGUACUCGUUCGCGCUCAAGGCAAACUAUUGAAAGAUCGCCAGCAGAUGAAAUGGAGCUAGACGACAAGUGUAAUGGGGAGCCAAUUGCACGACGCACCCGCAACUCGCCAUGCGCAGCCCAAAUGGAUACAUCUCCAUUGAUCUCGCGCGGGCGACGGCGUAGACGCAGCAUCGCGGGGCAGAACCUGAACCUUGGACUCCAUUCGCCAUUCGAUAUAUCAUGUGUGGCAAAUCGCACACGCGCUCGUUCCCGCAAGAAAUGACUGAAUGGGUACUAUAUCCAUAGGUUUACUGUAAAAUAAUUUAAUUUAAUCAUAUAAUCUUUGUACAUAGCUGUUGCUUAAGUGUGUUAAUUUAGGUUUCUUAUGUUAGUUAGUUCAGAGAAAAGAAUUAAGUAAACAAAUAUUUUUUUUUAAUAAGUG